AUGAGCGCGGACGGGCAGCCCUCCUCCGAGGCGGCGCUGCUAAUCACGGUCUCCGACCCGGAGAAGCACGGAACCUCAAUCACCGCCGCGUUCGUCGACUACAAGCUCUCCACAGUGACGCAGCUCUCGCGGUACGCGGCGAAAGAGUUCUUCGUCCGGCGGCGCUAUCGCGACUUCGUGUGGCUGCGCGACCGGCUGUGCCACGCCUUCCCUGGCUGCGUCGUGCCGCCGCUCCCCACCGUGGACUCGCCGCUCAAGGACGACCGCUUCUCGCCAAACUUCAUCGAGCGGAGGCAGGCCGGGCUGCAGCUGUUCCUGAGGCGCGUGGCGGGGCACGAGCGGCUGCGGGAGUCCUCCGACCUGCAGACCUUCCUGGAGGCCAAGGAGAGCCUCAAGAGUGUGCAGUCGCUGAUGGCGCACAAGGUGCCUGACGAGGAGGCGAUCGAGCGCGUCCGCGCCUUCGCCGCCAACUACGCGACGAUUGCCUCUGCGAGCGCGUCAAAGCAGCACGCAGCAGCGGCGGCGCUCGAUCGAGUCAAGGAGCUGCACCUGGCGAGAGUGCUCGCCAACCGCGACGCGGCGCUGCUGCAGUACCAAAAGGCGGCGGCGGCGCUCGACGCGUCCACCAAGGAGCGGCAGCGCUGGCAGGAGGCGGAGCACAGCGGCGCGCCCUCGCCGCGCUCGGGGGUGCUGGGGAAGCUCGACGAGCUCAUGUACGACCCGCAGAAGGGGUCGAAGGUGGAGGUGCGCGUCAAGGAGGCGGACGCGGAGCUCAGCGCGGCCAAGGAGCGGUGGGAGGCGAUCUCGACCUCGAUCCACACCGAGGUUGACCGCUUCCACCGGCAGACCAACGCCGACUUUUCGCGAGGGCUGCGAGAGCACGUCCUCGAGCAGCUCGAGUUCGAGCAGGCGCAGCAGCGAGAGUGGGAGCAGCUGCUCGACAUCGUGGAGCGAGUCGAGACGGUGCCGGGCACGGCCGCCUCCUUCCGCCCCUCCUCCUCCUGACCCCGCGGGCGCGCUGGAGCAAUGGGUGACGGGAGAGAUCUGGAUCGCGCGGCCCCGCUCUGGCGCUUCAACGGCGCACGCCGCGCCCCAGGGGAGCUGCUCUCUCGUGGCCGAUGGGGAGGAGAAUGCUGACGUUUCUUUGUACAGAGGUUGCCCGUGUGUGUGUGUCUCCUCUGAGAAGAGGAGGGGUGGUGCAAUUAAUAUACCCAAAUGC